AUGAAAGUGUUAACACUUUGCCACUGGGCAGCAUUGGCACUUCUUUGUAGCUGCCUCGGCUUCUUUCAAAGCGUUCAAUGCGCUUUAGGAGACAACCAUGUUCACUCAAGUUUUAUUUACAGGCGCUUGAGAAACCACGAGCGCCGAGAGAUUCAGAGAGAGAUUCUGUCCAUCUUGGGUUUACCCCAUCGUCCGAAACCCUUCUCUCCGGCUAAACAGGCUUCCUCUGCCCCGCUCUUCAUGCUCGAUCUGUACAACGCCAUGACCACAGAGGAAACUGAGGAAGAAGCGAUACUGGAGACUGAAAGCAAAGGGAUCAGUAUGAACUCUUUAUCGCGUAAAAACCAGCACGCGUCUCCGUACGGAUACUCCCGAGCUCCAGCGGCAUGGGCCAGCCAGAGUCCACCUUUAGCCUCUUCCCAUGAUACCAACUUUCUGAACGAUGCCGACAUGGUCAUGAGCUUUGUGAAUCUGGUGGAGCGGGACAGGGAUUUCUCGCACCAACGGAGGCACUAUAAAGAGUUCCGUUUUGACCUGACUCAGAUUCCUGAUGGAGAGGCUGUUACAGCAGCUGAAUUUCGCAUCUAUAAAGAUCAGAGUCAUGGCAGAUUUGAAAAUGUCACACUGAAGGUCUCUAUAUACCAAGUAAUCAAGGAAUAUCCAAACAGGGAUGCAGAAACAUUUUUGCUUGAUUCAAAGAAGAUUCGGGCGUCAGAUGGGGGGUGGCUGGUGUUUGACAUCACAGCCACUAGCAAUCACUGGGUGCUUAACCCGCAGCAGAACAUGGGACUACAGCUCAGCGUAGAGACCAUGGAUGGUCGGAGCAUUAACAUGAAGUCAGCUGGGAUCAUUGGCAGGAGUGGGCCACAAUCCAAGCAGCCUUUUCUUGUCGCAUUUUUCAAAGCCAGUGAGGUGUUGCUGCGCUCUGUAAGAGCCACAGGGGGGAAGAGAAAGAAUCCUAGCAGGAACAAAAGCAGAACUCAACAGAAAACCUCCCAGGCUCCCAGGGUUGAAGAUCAAAACACCAGCGAGCAGAAGCAGGCCUGUAAGAAGCAUGAGCUUUAUGUUAGCUUCCGUGAAUUAGGCUGGCAGGAUUGGAUUAUUGCUCCUGAAGGUUAUGCAGCUUUUUACUGCGAUGGAGAAUGCUCGUUUCCGCUCAACGCACACAUGAAUGCAACAAAUCAUGCAAUUGUUCAGACAUUGGUCCAUCUUAUGUUUCCUGAUAACGUGCCAAAGCCCUGCUGUGCCCCAACCAAACUAAAUGCCAUAUCUGUACUUUACUUCGAUGACAGCUCCAAUGUAAUUUUAAAGAAGUACCGCAACAUGGUAGUCAGAUCUUGUGGGUGCCACUGAAGGUGAAGACCAUACAUGUUUGGUUGUAUGUUUUGUGAACAUAGAUUAAGCCUGGUAUGGGAUAUAUUAACACAGUAAUGGUGGGGUUUAUAAACUAAAAGUCUUUUCAAAAUCUUGGACUUUUCAGUUGAGGUCUAAAUUGUACAUACGUACAUGAAUAAGGUUAUGUAUGUCAGUAGUAGUCUUGGAAUUUUAAGAAUUUCUACAAUUGUUCUUUUUCUUUGAUUGAAUGAUUGGAAGGGUUGGGGUUAGAGUUUUAGUGUAUUGCAGAUUUUAGGUAAAAAAUAUGUCAUUUAAAAAGUAAUCUGCCAUGAAAACUGCUGUUGGAACAAAGGUGUCACAAUUCACAGUCAGCCAAGCUUUACGUAACAUGUGAGGAUUUCAAGCUGUUUUACAAUACAGAAGCCCCAUUUUUAAAAUCAGCCACUUAAAUCUCAACUACAGCUUUGAAAGCCACUUGGAGAACAGUUGAAAUGAAAAAAAACAUCUAGUAUUUUUGAGAAAUGCGCAUGUGAACUAUUAUUUAGCCCUAUCCUCAGUACUUGGUGGAACAUUCUUUUGCCUUGAUAAUAAGUGAUUAACUUUUUAACACUUCUCUGAGUUCUUUAGGCUGUCUUUUAUUUAUUUCUCUGUUCAGGUAAUACCAUGCUGCCUCUAUAAUAUUCAGGUUUGGACUCUGUGGAGGCCAGUCCAUGACUGUUAGUGUUUCAUCAGCCGUUUUUCUUUUCCAGUAUGAUUUUACUGCAUUGACAGUGUGCUUGGGAUCAUUAUCAUGGUUCAAAAAUUACAUUUAGCAGAUGCUCUUAUCCAGAGCGACUUACAGAAGUGCUUCCAGAGUAAACAUUUCCUACUCUACUCUAUUUUAGGAAAUAAGAAAUGAAUAAGAAGUACAUGUUAGUUCUCAGCUUAGUGGCUUAGUAAAGAGGUGGGUUUCUAAUUGUCUUUUGAAGACGUUGAGAGACUCGAAUGUUCAGACAGAGUGCAAGUACAGAAUAGAGUCUUGAUGCGUGUCUUCCCUGAGUUCUGGGUGGAGGAUCAAGGCGAGCAAGACUAGAGGCUCGGCGGUUGCAUGGUACAGAGCUGGUCCAUUGGCUUUGUAGGCGAGCAUCAGUGUUUUAAACUGAAUGCUGGCAGCUACAGGAAGCCAGUGAAGAGAACACAGCAGUGGGGUGAUAGUUGCAAGGGUUUACUAGUGGACAUGGGAGUACCUGCCAGGAGGGAGUUGCAGUAGUCCAGCCGAGAUAUUAUGAGUAAUUGAACAAGAAUCUGAGUGGACAAAUCUUCUUAAUGUGGUAAAGGAGGAACCAGGACGAUCUUGUCAUGUUAGCUACGUGAGGAGAGAAGGACAGCUGGUUAUCCAGGACAACACCAAGGUUUUGUGCCUUGUCAGAUGGUUUGAUUUGCAGGUCUUUAAGAGAGAUGACUAGAUCCUGGGUUAAAGAUUGAUCUCCAGGAAUAAGUAUCAGUUCUGUCUUGCUGGGAUUAAGUUUUAGGUGUUAGGUGAUGAAUGGACAUCCAUAGUGAGAUAUAUCGCAGACAUGCUGAGAGAAAAUAAAACUAUUCCCUAUAAAUUAAUUAAAAUAACCUGACAAUUUAAAAAAUUCAAUAAAAAAAUUCAAUAAAAAAAUAAAAUAAAAAUAGAAUAAAAAAAAUAAAAAAAUCGCUAACAUCACUGGCAGACAGACCCUCCACCAUAUUGCACUAAAGGCCGCAAACACUCUGUCUUCCAUCUCUCUCCAACUUUUGUUCUCACAUAUUGUUAAAGACUGGACUCUGGACUGGAUUCGUCACUCCAUAAUACUCUUUUCCACUGAUCUCUAUUCCAGUCUUUGUAAGCCUGUGGUAAAAGUGGUUUCUUGGCUGCUACCCUUCCAAAAAUUUCCAAACAAGCUUCUUCUGACUGCAGACUGUAGAAGGGUCAACUCGGCACCCUGAUUAAGCUGCCAGAAUCUAAGCCAGAUCCUUGCUGGUCUUCAUCUGGUCUCUCUUUUUAUUUUAUGGCUGUAUUCUAAUAAGGCAUAUAUGGUGACCAAGAAAUAUAUGGCCAUUCUACCAUUGCUACAACAAUAAAUCAAAUGUUGGCCUAAGACUUUAUCCAGUCAUGAUGUUAAAGAAAAAUAACGGUGUCAGAAGUAAUAAAAAUACCUGAAUCCCUAAAGUGUGUGUACAUUUUCGAGUUUAACUGUAGGCUAAUUAGUAUAAGUAAAAAUGCUGCAGUUACACACACAGCAAAUAUCCAGUUCUGACUUUUGAUGUACAGUGUUAUGUAUAUACUAGUUCAUGAAUGCUAUCCAUAUUAUUUAUUUAUUUGGUUUAACUUUAAUAAAACUGACCAAGUAGAAUGUACAUAGAACCGGUUCAAACUUGCAGGUACCAAAAGCAGAUACUGCUUACCUGAAAGCUGUUAAAAAAUCAGUGCAGUAAGCAGUAAUGAGGAUGUUUGAUUUCUUAUUCCUUACAUUAGUAAUUUAAGUAAUAUAUUUUGCUAAAUAUAUUGCAUUUACUUUAUUAGAACAAUUAUAAUGUGUUAUUAAAUAUAUUUUCAAA